ACCCAACCCGAGAAUGACCAGCCAGUCCUUCCCACAACCUGCCGACUUGGAGAGUUUCGAUGCCAUCGACGCCUAUGAUUGGGGGUCGGACCGGGAAUUUCAAGUACAUCCAACCUAAUCCUGACCCCCCCCUCUGCGCAUUUAAGGAGAGAAUGGGGAAAAAGGCUCACAUGCUCUGCGGUAGACCGGUCUGCAAUCGAUCCUCUCAUCGGUCCCUUCGCCUACAGCAGAGCAAAAAGAAGGAUUAACCUUGCGGGCAAAAUGCUUCUUUUACUCAAAGUAACCCACCCCAAGUUAAGCCCUCACUCGUCAAGAACAAGACUGACUAAAUGCUACCUGCAGAAUGUCCGGCAUCAGGAUCGACUACAACGCCUACAGAGCCCGUAUUUCCGGGGGAAAGCCUAACCCCACUGCCACUACUGCUACCAUUGCCCCGGCAGUCCCAGAAACCCCCCAGGAAUUCGCGCAGAAAGAGCACAGUACCCUCUUGGACAGCACCAGCGAAGAGCCCAUCCUAGAUACCACAGAGCCCGACGUUAACAGCGAGAGAUUCCCCCUUAGCGAUCCGGACCCUAACACCCCCGCCGCCUCACCUGGAGGAACUCCCGAUGCGCCGUACCCGAAUUCGUUCGCGUACAUUGUUGAACUGAUUACAACGGGCCAGCCGAUACCUGGAAUCAAGCAUAUCCCCAGUGAGCUCAACUCGGCACCGCCGAGUGAGCCGGUUCGCGCGAAGAGGUUAAAACCUUGGGAGAGGGCUAGCGGCGACAAUCCUAGCCCUAGUGCGGGGGUCGCUGUGAGAGGAGGUGGGGGGGGAGGUGGCGGCGGGGAAUAAAUGCGGGCUCGAAUUUUAUUUGGUGCCUUCUUGAUUCGUAAACUUGGGCGGAAGGAAAGGAGGGAAGCGAAGAAGCCCCAGAUAUCGCCGAGAUACUGCAUCUCUAACACCAUAUUAUUUGUUUUACAGUGCCUUAGCACAUCACGAGAAAGAGCGCCUACACUCAUGUAACUUAGCCUAAUUCUCAGACUACGAAUAAGAAAAUAUCAGGGUAUUCAAGAUCACCCGAAGAACCACCCAACGAUUGAAUGAUUGAUAAUCUGCCUGGACGCCCCCCCUACCUACUGGAUCCGAUCACCGUGCAUAAUUUACCAACAUCAGAUUCUUGCCGCAGUACGGUAACAACCAGAGCCUCACCCAUCACUCCCUAUCGUACCAUACCAGAACCUCCCCAAAACGAAAACAAACCCACCAUCACAACCACCACCCGACCACCACAACUAACCCCACCGAACCGAACCGAACCGAACCGAACCAAAAUGUCCCCACCAACACCCUACCCUCGCUCAAACCUCAAGCGCAUUGUGAAGGCCCACAGCAAUCUCCGUAUCUCCAGGGAUGCCGACGUGAUGGUCAGUCUCCCCCAUUCCUCCGUCCAUCGCAUACUUAUCCGCCUAUCCACCCACCUACCUGUGAAUCGGCGGGGCCAGCUAACUAGGUGAAUGGUGGUUCGAUUGGUUGGUUAGAUAUACCUCGACUACGUCCUCUUCAUGCAGCAGCUCAUCCACGAAGCUAAGGUCCACGCGCGCGCCGGUGCUAACGGGACUGUGGCGGCGGGGGUUGGGAAGAAGAAGGUUGGGAUUACAGCUAGGGAUGUUAGGAAGGUUUCGCAGGUCAGUUUUUCCCUCUUUCUUUCUUUCUUUUUUUGCUUAGGGAGUAGGAACUGACGGUGGAUAGGUUACAUUGAGGAAGUUCAAGGGGUAGUCUAGUAAGCUACCAGUAUUGGGUAAUCUAAUGGUGACUGUAGAUGAUGGCUGCGGGAUUGUACGAUAAUCACUUCACUUCCGGGUUCUGGGCUUGGCAUUCUCUUAUUCUGAUAACUUGACUUAUUGCGGACUGGUAUCAUGGGUGCCGAGUACUCGAGUACGUACGGUAUGGCACUGGUACCAUAUUCUAACUUGUGAUACCUGUACCGCAAGUACCGUAUAUAUAUCAUUGAGGCCCUUCCAAAUCUCAUCGCACUCACGUCCGCACCCAUGAACACCGAAUCGGCGAGAUCCAUAGGUAUAGGGCGAUAUGUCACGGUCUCGCGCGGCGCUUUCGUGCUGUCACAAGUCACUGCGAUAGGGUUUCUCUAGAAUUUUCCAUUGAGCCCGGAGAUAUAGAAAAUGAUUGCACAGCAAACGAGUGAUAGAAGCCGGAAGAAAAUUCACAUACGUUAACGUUAAGAGGGAAACAGGAGAGAAGAAAGAGAGGUAC